AUGAACGGAAAGAGAGGGAAGCAGCCAAAGAGUGUGGAUGGACCAGAAAAGGAAAAGAGCUCCAAAGACUCCAGAAGUGAAAGUGAAAUGUGUGAAAAAGAUACAAAGCAGGACAUUAAGAGCAGUAGUGACAGGGACUUGCAAACUAGAACAUUAGUGGAAAAAUUGGGAGACGAUAGUUUUUCACACAAAGUAGAGAAUAAGGGCAGUAAUGAAUUGGAGGUGAAAAGUAGUGAUCAAGCAGAAAUUAAAGAUAAGAAUACCGAUAGUUUAAGUGAAAGUAGUAGUGUAAGUAAUGAAAAAGAUGGGGAUGCCGAAAGGGAAAAGCUGCCGGAAACAGACAGUUUAAAGAAUAUCAACGAAACAUCAGAGACCACCGAUUGUGAUGCCGGUCAAAGCAAUAAGGAUGAGAGUGUGAGUGGUAAAGGCAAAUGUUUGGAUGGUAGAGAAAGUGAAAAGGCAGUAGUAAGUGAAAGAGACAGUGGGAGUAAUAGUAAUGAAAAUGAACUUGAGAGAAUUAAAAGGGAAUUUGCCAGUAAGAUGGGCAUAUCCAUUACUGUGAAAGAUAGUGACAAAAAGAGUUCCGCACAAUCUAAGCAAAGUGAAGAGAAAAUGGAAGUUGAUGAAGCUUUACAAAGGAAACGUGGUAAACAGCAGGAAGAGGAACCUUCCAGGAACACUCUCUAUGACGCUGUUCAGUUAAUGAAGAAUAUGGGAACUAUAGCAAUAACAAAAUUAGAGAAGUCGUCCGAGCUUGAGUCACGACUGGAGAGUAGCAUCGGCUUGUCUUUGGCCAGAGGCCAAACAAAAUCAGAUAGCAGUGAUUCCAAAAAAGAUGAAAGUGACCAUUCUGUCAGGAAUGAGGAGAGCGAGUCUCGUGUUACAAAGUCUUCUAGUAGUAAUAAAAAUAUGGAACAGCAAAUAUCUGCAUUAGGAUGUAGUGUUAGUGUGACAAAGGCAUUGGACAAAGAUAGGGAUAAAGAGAAAGAGAAAGAGAAGGAAAAGGAUAGAGAGAAGGAAAAAGACAAGGAAAAGGAAAAAGUUAAAAUGCCAUCUGGUGUUGAUACUACACGUCUGAGUCCUUCCAUUUCUAUUAUAGCUGUAACUGGUGUCACUGAGCGGCAUCGAGUUAAGACUACUAUUGCUCCAUCUGCUUCGCCUAAUCCAAAUCGUAAUUCACCCACACCCUCUGGGCAAAAUGCUCCUAGGAGUUCUCCAUCAGUUAAUGCUCAAAAUCAUCAUGAAAACUCAUCAUCAUCUGGUCAGCCAAAUAAUCCGCCAAGAGUUUCAUCUGCUUCAUCUAGCAACUCGCCUCAUACUGGUAAUGCAGGAGGAAUUCCACCUCCUCCCCCACUGUCCCAUCCUCAGUCAUCCCCCUCUAAUAGUGCUUCGUCUAGAGGUGUGUUCGUUCCACCAUCUGCUAGUAAUCAGGUUUUAGGAAUAGCAAAUAAUCGUGCACCUAUCAUAACUAGUCCUGGGUUGAGAAUGAUGUCAGCACCUGGCCCAGGACCUGGCUUGAUGUUCCCUAAUCGGCUUCCAGGAAUGCCUCCUACGAGACAUUUACCUCCAGAAGCAGGGCCUCUUGCAACGCAGCUUCACAAACAUUCACAGAAAUUAGCUGAAGUCAUGAGAGCCACUUUAGAGGAUGUUCUUAAUGGAGGUCUUGUUAGGAAAACUGGUACUCCUGAAGCCCGGCUUGCUGCACUCCAGUUGGAAUUAGAGCGUACCAGUUGGAGACAUCAGCAAGAACUAGCAGAAGUGCGACACAAUGCAGACGUCAUGCUGGUAGAAAUGAGGGCUAACCUUGAGGCUGAAAAGCAAAGAGCAGUGGAGGAAGUGAAGAGACAAAUGGAACAGCAGCUUGUUGAAGUCAGGAGGCAGAUGGAGCGUCAGAUGGUCGAGAGGUUGGCUGAGGUCAAACGGCAGAUGGAAGCAGAACGACAAAGAGCAGUGGAAGAGACUAAAAAGAAACAGUGGUGUGCAAAUUGUGGGAAGGAAGCACUCUUCUUCUGUUGUUGGAACACUUCCUAUUGUGACUACCCAUGCCAGCAAUCUCAUUGGCCCCAACAUAUGUCAGUAUGUGGACAAAAUAGCGACAGCGGAGGUGGGGGUGGCGGUGAAGGAGGUUCAGAUUCUGUCAAUGGGGAAGCGAGUGCUCAGUCUUCGAGAGUUUCCACUCCUGUCCAAAGCCUAGUAGCAGCACAGCAGUUGGCAGAUGAAGAAGGUGCAGUUGCCUUAGCAGAAGAAUUGAGACGAAGAAAGCACCGUGAGGAUGAUGUGGGGAGUCUAACUUCGUCCAUAUUAGCCCAGUGCCUCAUCAAAGGAAAUAGAGCGCGCCCACGAAAAAAAGCCAAGUCGUCCUCAAAAUCUGGUUCAUCCAAAGAAAAAGCUUCUGGAAGAAGCUCCCCUGAAACACUUAAAUCUCCUAAAGCUUGGAUGGAGUGGUUUCUAGAGCAAAGUGAAGGUAUCAAAGAAAACCUGAAUGUGACAACUAAAAAAUCCAAGUCAAAGUCACAUAAACCCUCUUGUAAAGUUCCUGAAGGGUCCAGGAAAAAGCGUAAAAGUACUCCUUGUAUAAGGAGAAAAAUUGAACACAUUCUGACACCUGAAGAAGUUACCAGUGAUAUGCUUGACAAAGUUGCUGUCAGAUCUAAGGAUAAGCAGCACAACCAGGAAAAUGGCACUUCUUGCCAUCAGUGUCGGCAGAAGACUGGCGACACAAAGACGAUUUGCAGGUCAGGGAGAUGUGUAGGAUUAAGAGGAUUUUUUUGUGGUCCAUGUUUAAGUACCAGGUAUGGUGAAGAUGCAAAAAAGGCCUUGUUGGAUCCCACUUGGGCUUGUCCAGUAUGUCGUGGCAUAUGCAACUGCUCACUUUGCCGCAAAGCCUUUGGGCAGCAAGCAGUGGGGCAGAUUGUGCAAAGACUGGGGAAAAUGGGUUACAGUAGUGUCCAGCAGUAUUUAGAAUCCAAAACAGAAGGGGACUCUCAGGAAGAUGCUCCCAAGACUGAAGCUUACAAAUAUUCUGAUGAUGAAAGUAUGGAUUAUGAGGAAAAUCGGCCGCAGAUGUUGAAGGAGGAGGAAUUAGAGGAAGAUGACAAACUGGACUCGGGAGAGGAGAGUGAAGAAGAAUUGUUACAGGCUAUGUCUACGUUAUGAAAGGCUCGUUGGCUUCCUGUGAUUUGUAAAUAUAUAAAACACUACACACUACAUUGUUUAUUGUAAAGAUUCUUUUAUAACAGAAAUUCAUUUGUAUUGUUAUCUCUAUAAAUCAUAUAAGCAUACUGUAUAUAAAAAUAUUGUAUAUUAUUAUUGGCAAGCAGUAUGUUUUGCUUGCUUGAAGUUUAAAAGUUAUAAGUUAAUUGUUUGCACUGUUGUUGGAAACAGGGUACUUACUGUAGCAUUUCCUAAUCAUGUUAACUUUUACUAGAUUUCUGUACAGUAUAUUUUAGAAUAUACAUGAAGUUAGUUCUCCAUUUCAUUGUGUUAAUGGGGAGAGAUAUAAAAACUAUGCAAAACUCCUUGCUUUAUUAUACUUUUGCUAUAUUUGAUACAUAUGAAGAAUGAUUUAAAAUUAAAAACAGUUGAACUGCUGUUGAAAGCAUUGUAAUUUUAGAAAUAAUGUGCCAUUUUAGUUGGGACCACAACUAGCAUUCUUCAAUGUACAUAAGCCAUUAUCCAUUUGUGUAAAGUGCACUUGCCAGUCAUAACUAAACUAAAAAAAAAUACUAGUACUGAAUGUCUUAACAUUUACCCAGGGGUGAACAAAUUCGUGAUGCUUGUUGUGCAGAUUUUUUUUCUUUCCCUACAUGCUUUUGUUUUUCAGAAUGUGAAUUCAAUUUUGGUCUUGUGUUGAUUUUGCAAUUUUUUUUUCCCCUGAAGUACAUAUAGUAUUUGUAAUCCUCUGUUAUCUUACUUUACUGUAUACGUAAUGUGUUUUGAGUUUUUAAUACACGGUACUAUUUAAAUUCGUGAAAGUAAUUGUUGUAGAAAUAUAAACUAUUUCCUUUUUUACUUGGAGUCUUUAGUAUUUAUAGUGACUAUAUACAUUGGAAUUUAUUGGGUAAAUAUAGUAUUUACAUUCAGUAUCCAAGUAAUUUUCCCGUACAGUUAUGUACGUAAUUGCAUAAAUGCAUGCCUAAGUAACUACCUCUAAUAUGAAUCAGUAUGGCAUUAUUGUAUUUUUGUAUUAUCGCUUCACUAUUUUAUAAAGUAACUUUCAUAAAAUGAAACUGAUAACAUUGCAUUCACAAUAGACUACAUUUCCCUUUUUUUUUUUUUUUUGUCCACUGAGUCUCCUUUGGCGACGUACAUGCUAAAAUGUUAUAGGUGAAUAAGUGUGGAAGGGACUUGGGCAAGUUUAAAUGGAUAUUUUACACCAUUUACACCUUUUGAUACGUUCUCCUUACCCUUUGUCUCUUUAGAAUAAGUGACCCUUCUUGAAGCUGUACUGUAACAUGUUUUUAUUGAUAAGUUUACAAGAGAAAUUAGAGCCAGUCUCUCUCACUCUUGAUAUGUUAUUGAUUUUCACAGUUCUUUUUAUAAUUGUAAAAUUUUUUUGUUGAUAAUAUGCUUGAAAUGUAAGGGGAAAAAAUUAUUUUUCUUUACAAACCUAGCAAGUGAGCUGUAGACUUGACAUGGUAGAAGACGAUUUAACUCCAGUUCAUUUUUAGUGAAUAUUUGAUAUUUGAUUUCGGUUCACUUUAACACCUUUUAGCUAACCUGUCUGAUUUGAUAUUCUUGUUCUUCCUAUCUAACGUGAUAUUUGUAUUAUCAGUAGCAAUGAUCAACAGAUAAUUGGCGAUGUGGAAGAAGCGUGAUUAAUUGAGGGUUAGUACUGGCACAGUCAUAGGAUAAUUUCAGUUUCUAGAAUUCAUUAUACCUGGAUUAUCCAAAAUUCCUAAUUAACCCUUAAUGGAUGGGGUAAUAAAUCAAGAUGCAGCACCCCAGGCUGGCAAAAAACUGAGGUCGGCCAAUUUAAGAAAAAAAUGCCUCAAUGGAAAGAGGAAGAUAUGCAAAUGCACACGGUGUGAGAACUUUUUUUUUAUAUAUAAUUUUCCCUACCUUCCACGAGAAAUCGAAAAUUACUGUUUACAACCCCUUGUGGAGCUUCUUUUACAAGACGAUCACAAAUCUUAGGAAAUUAUACAUUAUUUUCCUAAUAAAUAAAUUCAUUUUAUUUUGUAAAAUUAUAAUUAUAUCUCAUGCAAUAUCAAAACAGAUAAGAAAUAGAAUUAGUAACAAAUUCUGAGCAUAUUUGCUGAAUAAUAUUUAGGUAAAUUUACUGAGAAUGAAGAUGCAAUAUUUUGGAUUUAGACAUGUUUCCUCUGAUAUUUCUUUGCACUUUUCUGUGCAAAAUUGUAUUAUCAUAAAAGAUAAGAACUAAAACCAACAGCAACCCCUUGAUAUAUUCAUGAGCAAAUUUACGAAAAGACGUCAUGUAAGAGAGAGAGACGCUACAUCCUCCCUUGAAGUCGAGACCCAGACCCCAACUAACUAAUGAGCUGCCCAGUGGAAUUUAGCCAGUCUAAAAGCUGCCAUUAGUGAAUUUAUGGGCUAAAGAAGUAAUGGCACCUCUUUCCCGCCUGAUUCUCCCAAAUUGAUGGCAUGUGAUAUUGUUACUCAGCAUGAGUCACUGUUCUCCACCCAAAGUUAUUGGUACCCAUGUGAGAAUGUUCGUCCAUUAAGGGUUAGUGAGGUUUUCAUAUUGUAUAUAUCUUUUAGCAUGUUUUAUGUUUGACCUCUGCCAGUUCUGUGAUUCAGUUGUUCAGUUUGCAUUCUUUUUGUUCAUUAGCUUUUGUAAACCAAACAAUCAUAUAUGGAUUGUACAUAUUUUAUUUACUGUUAAGUAAUUACCGUAUAUGUUCUUACAGGUUAUUAAUAAUAGUGAAUAUAUGAAAGCAUCAAACUUGUAUAUUGUAGGAUGAAGUAAAAAGAGCGUGAAAUGUUUCUUUUUGCUGAAGUUGUUUUAUACUGUUCAAUUAGUUUGUUUUUACUGAAAGUAUUAGGUGAAUUACUUUAAAGUUAGUAUCCCUAUGGUACCAAGAGUAAAUUUAAUGGCGAGAUAAUGUUCGUGAAAACUUACAGUUAUUGCUGAGUUUGCAGAACCUUGUUGAUUUGUAUAUUAUUACAAUAUACUGUACAAAAUUGUUUUCCAAGUAAUAACUCAUGCAUUUUCCUUGCAAUUUUUUUUUUUUAUAGGCCAGGAGACUGCUGGUAAUAGAAAAGAUUUAUCUGAUUAUUAUUGAGUACUCAGGCUAUGCUGGUUUGUAUAGUGUUAAUGUACAAAAUUUGUUUAUAAAAUUAAUAUUCCCACAUUAUAGUAUACUUGUUUUGGAUUUCUAUUGUAGUUUGUAACACAAAAAUUAUCUAUAUGCAGCUAUAAAUUAGGAAGUAAACUAUAUUGAAUUAUGUGGUUGCCUGUGCCCUUACAUUAUUGCUAUUAAUUUAACCAUAGGUUUUAUUGUCACAUUUUCUUGAAGUGAAAAUAUUGUGCAUGAAGAACAAAUACCAUGGAUGUACAUGCUAGUUUACCCCCAUUUCAGAGGGGAAAAGGCUGUAUACAUGUCACAUGAAUAAAUGUUUGUUGCACAUACUCUUCCAGAGGGCAUAUCUUUAAUCUUUCAUCUAUUUUUCUGGUUUUUUGAAUUACAAGUUAAGAAUAAUUUUCAAUGCACUUUAUUUUACCCAGUACUGCUCGACUAUUGUUUUUAAAAUGAGAUGUUACUGUUUUUUAUACUAUUAUAUGUAAAACAUUAGUUCAUAUACUAAUUAAAGAGUUAAAGUUUC